CAGCUGUCCAUGUGCAGCCCAUGCUGCCCGAUGGCCCGAUCCCCCUCCAUCCUAAUCAAUUCUCUUCUGCUUGAUGUCCGAACGAUGCGUUUCGUCGACGAUAUGAUUCUGGAUAUGGCUCAUGUCCAAACGGCUGUGCUGCUGGACUCUCCUCCUCGAUGUCGACCUGAAUGCGUGUCAUCUGCGACGGAACACUUGAUGGAAUUGCCGACACCUACCGAACCUGGGACUGGAUGAUUGUUACGGCUACUUUGCUGGAACCAUAUCAUGGGCGGCAUGGACAAUGGACUCGGAUAUGCGCCUUGGGACCAACGCUGUGCUAUAUCGGUCGAUAUGCUCAAUGAUGUUUGGUUCGGCAACUCGUCUAUUAGACUUCAUCCAGAAGCUGUACCUGGAUGCCAUCCGUGGCUACGUGCCCAAGGAGACCACCGAGAAGGUUGCCAUCCCCGAUAAGUUCACCGUUCCUGCCCCCCCUCCCAAGCCCGAGCUGGAGACUGCCCCCGCCCGCGCUGUUCAGGGUGAGGAGGCCUUUGCCGAAGAAGAGUGGCCCGCUCUGUACAACGCCAUCGAUGAUCCCCACAACUACAACGAUGAGUGGGACUUCACCACCGACAAUGACGACGGUGCUCUGCUCCCCCAGCGUCUGAAGCCCGUCGACUACGACGCCCACCACUAAACUGCCUCGGCCCAACCCGACGGACAAGCUCGAUGUCGAACCGAUUGAUUCGCUAAUGUAGUUUUUGUCGAGCCCGACCUCCUUCCAGCCUGCGCGCGCACGAGCGAGGUAUCCAGGAAUUGCCACCUGAUAGCCCUCAUUGCGGCGUCCGCAAAUAUACAUUCACAACACAGCUGCAGUUCCGCAUCGUGCUGGCGCAUGAGCACGGAUUCUGGU